AUGGGCAGUGGGAAGAAGGGCGGCUCGCAACUUGCUCAGCUGCGAUCAGGACUCCGUGAUGCAGGCAUCACAGGUUCCAAUUCGAAAAAGGGGAAACGGAAUGACCGGGAUGAUAGCAGAGUCGGACAAUACCGUGCGCAACAGCGACGGAAGCGAUUGGAAGCUCUCAUGACGAAUCUGAAUGCUUUCGAUGAACGUGUAGCCUCAAGCAAGAAUCAGGCGCUGGGUGCGAAGGUCAAGGGUGCGUCAGGACGCCCGGCCAAUGCCAAGUCAUCUUCAAUCCAACAACGACGCGAGAGGCUUUUGCCUGAAUAUCAAAAUCGGCACCAUUCGUCUUCCUUUCAUGAUCGCCGAUUCGGUGAGUACAAUCCGCAUAUGUCACUCGAAGACAAGAUGCUCAAGCGAUUCACGCAUGAGCGAAUGCAUCGAAUACCUAAGACAUCCAACACAUCUCUCUUUGAUUUGAACGACGAUGACGAUGCGGAUUUGACUCUUACCCAUUAUGGUCAAAGUUUGAGUGGGAUGGAUGAAUUGCCAGACGUGAGGCUUGAUGACGAUAAUGACGAUGACAAUCCUCGAGGACAUAUCGAUGCCAAUAUGACUCGGGACGAGCAUUUUGCUGGCUUUGAUGAUGCCGAAGAUCCUGAUGCGGCACAGGCGCCGCGCAGUAAGCAUGAGGUCAUGAAAGAAGUCAUCGCCAAGUCCAAGCUUGCGAAACACGAGCGACAGAAGGUCAAAGAUGCCGACGAAGAGCUGCGCAUGGAACUCGAUGAUGAAUUGGGCGAUAUUCGCUCUCUUUUGUUCUCGCGCCCCUCGACUGAAACAUCUGUCGAUGUAGCCGCCACAGAACGCGCAGCUACUCCAGCGUCAUCCAAAGGCGACACAUACGACGCAUUCGUCCGCGAAAUGGCGUAUGAACGACGGGCAAAGCCACAGGACCGCCUAAAGACUGCAGAGGAGCUCGCCCAAGACCAGGCCAAGCGAUUGGAAGAGGCAGAAUCGGCGCGUCUUCGGCGCAUGCGCGGUGAGCUGGACGAAGAAGGCGAAGCGCUUAUGGACUACGCGAUCGAUGACGACGAUGACCACGAGAAUGAUGCCAACUCAAAUGUGAAGCGAGCUGUGAAGACGGACGAACCUCGCACAAUGCGCUCUCGAUUCGGAUUAGGACAUGGCCUGGAUGAACAAUCUUCUGCAGCGAGUGAGAAUGAUGAAGAUGCUGGCCAAGAUACAGAAACAGCCAUGGAAGAGGAGUACGAUGUCGAUGAGGAAGAAGACAAUGAGAGCGACGAUGAUGAAGGCGAUGAUGCUGAGGACAGUGCAGAUAAUGACGAAGAUGGCGAUGAAAACGAUACUGCCGCACAGCUCGCUGAUUACCAAAACCUGGAACAGUAUGGCGAAGCCCCUUAUACCCCACAAACGGUGAACAAGGCCGAGCCGCAACCAACGCGACGACUCCCACGCGCCUCAUCGGAGCGUGUAUCUACUCUUCCCUUCACUUUCCCAUGUCCUUCUACUCAUGACGCAUUCCUAGAUUUGUUAGAGCAGCAUCAAGUGGCUCCGUCGCAGCUUCACACCGUCAUUUCACGGAUUCGCACAUUGCAUGCGCCCAACUUGGGGGAAGAAAACCCUGUCAAGCUGCAACGCUUCCUUGGCGUACUCGUUGAUCAUGUAUUGUAUCGCACUAGCCAGGACGAUGCUACCAAUGAAGACCUGCUCGUGCUGAAUGACCUCGUUCUGCACAUCUCUGAUCUGGCCACAAUGUACCCACUUCGAGCCGCCGAGCAUUUUGUGGCAAAGUUGUCGUUGAUGCAGCGCAACUUGAUGCAAGGCUUGGCCCAGGGCGCAUUGGAGCCAGCUUCGCGCACGUGGCCUUCUCUUCCGGAACUGUCGUUCUUGCGUGUAUGUGGGUUGCUUUGGCCUACUAGUGACCGAUGGCAUGCCGUCACGACUCCCAUGUUGUUACUCGUAGCCCAGUAUCUGGCGCACGCACGCAUUCGAUCACUGCGCGAUAUGGGCUCGGCCUUGUAUUUGGUCUCUCUUGUGUCAUCUGCGCAGCGUGAGAGUCGGCGCAUUGUGCCGGAGGCACUGAAUGCCUUGUUCAAUAUCUCCGCUAUGUUGCUGCCACUUCAUCAUGGCAGACGCAUGCAUGGCCGCUCUCCUGUCAAAGCGCUUGCCGAGGAGUUCGGCAUCCCUACACCGGACGUCGAGGCUCAACACACACACGCAUUCACUAUCCGCGCUGACGCGCAACCACAUGCAAAAGUGUCGCUUGCACAUAUUUUGACACACGCGGAUGCAGUGUCGUCGUCGUCGGCGGUGCAGACGCAAGUGGAUCUUCUUCGCAUGUGUGUGGCACUCCAGAUGUCGUUUGCUAAGAUGUACGAAGGCAGUCCAGCCUUUGUUGAAUUGUUCAUGCCAAUGCUAUUCCUGCUAGAGAUCGGCGAAGCAGGUCUGCGGGACACAGCACCGAGUGUUGUGUCGUACGUCCACGACGCUGCAACGUCUAUUCGGUCACAGCUUGAGCGUGCGUACGCCUCACGGCAUGCUCUGCGUCUCCAGGCGCAUCGUGCGCUGUCGAUUGCGACGUAUGCUCCCAAGUUUGAUCAGCAGUCGUUCGAUCCCAAGCGGGCCACUGAUCCCGAUACUGAGCGUGCGUAUGCAGCCAAGAUGCGAGCACUGCUCAAGAAGGAGCGUAAGGGCGCUAUUCGUGAAUUGCGGAAGGAUGCACAGUUCCUCGCUGACGAGCGUGAGCAGCGCCGCGUCGCUGAAGACGUCGCAUACAAAAAGAAGAUCGACAAAAUCUUGGGCGGUAUGCAGGAUGAACGCUCCGAACAGAAACAGCUUGAGCGUGCGAAAUCCGCCAUUCGUAAGCGUGCUGGUAAGCGUAGUCCUUAG